AGCAGACUUUUAUAUGGAUUGGUCUUCGGAUUGGUCAGACCAGACUGUUAUCUUGGAUGGAUGUUUGUUAACAGAUCGGCGAUGCCACACGUCGGAUGAGGUGAAGAUUCAUGGCAGUUUCGUAUUUGAGGCAGAGGCAUGUGAACAGAUGGAGGGAUGAACGUUCGAUGCUCUGCUUUGCUCUCCAAGCUUGGCGCACUUUGCUGGCCGUUGAUUGAUUGAUUGAUUGAUCGACUGGUCGAUCCAUGGAUGAAAGCUUGGCGCACUUUGCUGGCCGUUGAUAGCUUGUGUGGUGCCUGGAGGACCAUACGAUGCACAGCUCUAUGUGGCAUCCCGCCCGAUUUAGUAAGUGCCUGAUUUAGGAAGCCAGAGGAGUACAAGUGGCAGCAUACGAAACGACCCUGUGGUACUCAGCACAGAAGAUCCGAUCUCCAUCCGUAAUAAUAAUAAUAAAAAAAUAAAGUAAAAAUAAAAAUGACAUUGGCGGGAAACAUCCGGAUCAUGGUGGGCACGCUCGGAGGCGGCUUGCUGGGCUUCUAUGUGAUGCAUCAGCUGGAGCAACGCUACAAGAUAAAACAGCAGGAAGAUUAUCAGAGGUACUUAGCAGAACGCGAGAUUCGUCAGCGCCAGGAGGACGAGUACAAUGACAAGCACCAAAAUGCGAUGAUGGAUUCGGAGACCGGUGCGCGCUGACAACGCAUAGAGAGAGUUUAGUUUCUGGCACACAAGUUGUACAGUGCAGGGCGCGAGAGAGAUGAAGGCAUCACCAUGCCGCCGCAGCUGCAAUCGCCUUUGUAAGCUUCCGGGCAAGAACUGGAUCGCCUUUGCAACGGCAGUGUUUGAAAGAUGUUGACCUCAGUGGGAUUCGAUCUUGUGAUCUGUGGUGUAGAGAUUGUUAGAUCUUCGCGCCUUGACGGCGACUCCCACUUGGUCAUGUCCAAGCUGUGCAGUGUGCAGUGCGAGCGAGCAAGCAAGCAAGCUCUGUUCGAUAUUCGCCCCUCGACUCAUAGACUCUACGUCGUCAUACAUCACUGGAGUAGCUGAUUUUCGCCGAUCUUGCAAAGUAUUCGCACGACAACGAAUGUGGUCAUGCGUGCGGUUCGUUGUCGUGCGGACUAAGCAGCGAAAGAAGUGGUGAUAACUCUCCUACUCCUCCUUCAUGUGCUUGACACGUCAGCAGUCUGCAGUCGUUUCUCCUUCUCCUCCUCAUCCUCUUCAUGCUUUUCAGUUUGCAAAUGUCCAGCUCUUGAUUGGAUUUCUAAAGAAGAAAGAUUUUUUUUCAAUACAUCAUUUCUCCUCCUCCUCUUCCUCCUCCUCCUCCUCCAUAUUCUGUCAUUUGGGAAGCUUGCUUUCUUUCUAUAUCAGUAGCAGUGUUUCCUUUCUUUUUUUUUUUCCAGAGUCGAAUAUGAUUUGCCCUCUGGGACUCUGGGAGCAAAAAAAAUUUGCCCUCUGUCAUUUUGGAAGCUUGCUUUUUUCUUUCGUCCUCUGACUAGUCUCGCUUUUUUUGAGAGUCGAAUGGUUUUUUUUCGGUUCUUUUUUUGAGAGCAAAAAAAAAGAUUUGUUUCACCUACGUGAUCGGUUGGAUUUUCUUUUUUUUUCCUUCGAUCGUCUGUAGGGAUCCCUACUCAGCCAUCAUCUUGUGCAUAUCUGAGUCUGGCCCAUACUCUUACCACGACAGGACUUUCUUGACCGAAUUGGGUCAUGAAUGUGCUCAGAAAACAGACACGGAAGUCCAAAUGUGAGGAGUAUAUCCCCUUUUUGAGAGUGUUUUGCAAGCAUGAUUAGCUCUGCUGCCCAGUGCUUGUUUCUCUUCCUCCGGCGUCAGCCUACGCAUUGACCAGUUGAUUGCUUAUGCUAUGUAUGUGGAGUGCAAGUUUUCACCCCCCGUUCGCCUAGGAUAUGAUCUGUGGAUUCUUUGCAGAGUGUUUUUGUGUAGGUAUGUUUGCCCACUCUUAUGUUCUUGAAUGUUCUUGAGGCAGGUAACCUCUUUUGCGCCUUUGCCUCACUUUG